AUGAGAGCUUACCGUUUUGCCGUGCUUUGUGUACAUGUACUAGUUCUUAGCAAUCCCUAUUUGACAGCCAGUCUCAUCCAUAUUCCACCCAGCGCUCUGCCCAAUGCUGGCCACAGCGAGGAGGAUCUCCAUCUCCUUCAUGAGAAGCUGCUAGGAUCGCAUACCAAAUCUAAUAUCGUCAACAGCGUCACAAAACUGUUUAAGAGCAAGGUCUUGCUCUUUAGUAAGCAGCUGAUUCGUUUUCGGACGUGUUUCGCGGUUGCGGCGAUGUUCGGGUUGGGCUCUGUUUUAAGAGUUUUCACUGCUUCAUUAAUAAGCUCACAAGUUCUGCGGUAUUCUCAGGAUUUCGCCAUGUAUUUCAACGUAAAUUUUGUAUGGAAAACCCAUACAAAACGCACGCGUCGGUCCUUUCCUGUACUGAGUACCUCUUACCAUAACAAAGAGUCCCACCUGCACCAGGAUGGUAGCUUUAUCCCAUUGAAGACUAGUACUGUUUACUACGAACAACUAGAUAAGUGGUUCAUAGCCUCUUUCAACACAACCUCAGUUCAGUCCUCAACUUCUGCUUAUGCGCACUCUCAAAACUCCAACAAAAGGAGUUGUGACGGCGCAUACCGCGUCACAUGCUCUGCGGCUUCAGCUCCCUCGCUUGCGCAACGAGUAGCGUCUUGGCAGGGGCUUGAGCAUGCCAAUUACAUUGCACGGAUUAACGCACACUGUCCUGUGGCGAGACAAAUGAGAGAGGCAUAUGGGAGUGCGUGGGGACUCAGAGACCUGGGAAUACCAAUGACACCUAUAGGCCUUGUACGUAGGAUAUCAGAAAACUACCGAGCUAGCUACGGGGCGAGGGUCGAGCCAGGGUCGGAGCCGAUACGGGGACCCUUCGGAUGGGUUCCGGGCGACCCGAGAUGGAACGAGAAUCGUUACAAUUUGUUCUGCACCUUCUUUUGUUGCAUAACAGAGUUCCCUUUCUACGCUAUUAUCAGCCUUGCGCGCGCUGUCGUGGACGAAUUCAUGCCGGGCCGCCAUGCUCUGCGCAUCGCACACGCGCUCCGGAAGAUAAGUAAAUCCGGCCCAGGAUUGGGAGCAGCACAAGGACUCAGCCGGCCCGGCUCUUGUUUACCUUGUGUCAACCAACUCAAUUCUCUGAAAACACCAGAAUUCGCCACCCUACAAAUAUCAUCGGAGGAGUUCGUCAGCUUGACGAGGCAGAAGUGGCGAAUCCACGCCGUAGCAUUCUCAAAGCUUCGCUGUGGCAAACCCAUAGGCUAUAUACUUGUGCUGAUCCCCGGUCCUCUAUGA